UCCUUGCGCGCCCAGCUCCUCUUUGAUGUGCGCUGUGGGUGAGCCAGGAAACUGUGACGUGUGUUCUUGGGCAGGGUCUGAGGUUUUGGAACCUCUUUCUAAAAGGGACCGAAAGAGCACCCUGCUACAUUUGCCAAUCCAGAGGCUGAGUGGGGCCGAGCUGGGCAGGAUGCAGCAGGUUCCCGUGGGCAGCAGGCUUGUCCUGGCUCUCGCCUUCGUCCUGGUUUGGGGAUCUUCAGUUCAAGGUUAUCCUGCUCGGAGAGCCAGGUACCAGUGGGUCCGCUGCAAACCGAAUGGGUUUUUUGCGAACUGCAUUGAGGAGAAGGGACCACAGUUUGACCUAAUAGAUGAAUCCAACAACAUUGGCCCUCCCAUGACUGAUCCUGUUUUGAUGGGAGGACCCUCAAAAGAUUUCAUCUCCAAUUAUGAUGACUAUGGGUCAGGUUCGAGCUCUGGCUCUGGCUCCGGCUCUGGCUCCGGCUCUGGCUCGGGUUCCGGCUCAGGAAGUGGCUUCCUAGGUGACAUGGAAUGGGAAUACCAGCCAACAGAUGAAAGCAAUAUUGUCUAUUUCAACUAUAGGCCUUUUGACAGGAUUCUCACUGAGCAAAACCAAGACCAACCAGAAGACGAUUUUAUAAUAUGAAAGUGACCGUCCCUGUCUCCCCACCUCCAUGUGGAACAAUGUAUUCAGUAUACUUAGUGUACCACAUUUAAAUGACCAGUCUCAGGAUAAAGAGUUUUACAGAAAAUUUAAAAUGCCUGGAAAAGACUCUUGAAUCCUGUUACCCCUUUCCUCAUUAACUCAUAAGGAAUUAUGCUUUAAUGCUGUUACCUAUCUUGUUGUUCUGGAAAAUGCCUGCAUUUAUAUGUGUAUUGAAUCAACAUUAUGAACUUAACACACACCCCCAUUAUUAUACAAUAACUUUCAAAGCCAUACUGGUUUUGAAAAUUUUAAUUUGAUAGCAAGUUGAUGAACUAUCCUUCAUACCUAAAGUGUUCAGGAACCCAACUCGCAUUGUGAAUUACAAAUAUAUUCCUUUAUGUGAUUAAAAAGAAAAUAAAGUGAAACACAGUGGCCUCCUACCGUGGCUAUGUGACAUGGUUUACAUGGUGAGGGGUAUAUAUUGAGCUGUGGCCAUUGGAUGUGACAGGGAAGACCAAAUGUUAUCGAAAAAUGUUGUGGGUUUUUUGUUGGUUUGUUUGUUUUUUGUUGUUGUUUUUCGAGACAGGGUUUCCAGGACAGGUUGUCCUGUAACACUCUGUAGACCAGGCUGGCUAGAUUCAGAAAUCCUCGUGCUUCUGCCUCCCAAGUGCUGGGAUGAAAGGCGUGUGCCACCACCCCCCGGGUUGUUGUGGGUUUUAAAGUUAGAAACUUAACACCUCAAAUAACAUGGAGUUGUGGUCUCAAGGGCUCAUAAUGCUUUACCUUUGUCUAGAUGCCUGUUCAGGGUCAAAUGUUACUCCAUUAAAGUGAACAAACAUAUAACCAAAGCGGGGAGCUGUCAUCUUGAACUUCCUGCUCUAAUCCAGGGAAUAGUUACUUUGAAAAAACAAUCAUAUUAUACAUAUUAAUAUAUAAUAAUUUUAUAAUACAGUAUAUAAUAUUGAUAUAGGUGAUAUUUAAUAUAAAUAAUAUAAUAAAAUGUGUAUGUAAUUGAUAACA